GCUGCAUGGUGCCUGUGUAACCAGGAGAUGUUGCGUAUAAAGUUGAAUCACCUUAGUCAUGUUGCAUAAUCCAGCAUAUUGAUUUUAUUUAUCCCUUUUUACCGCAAUAUAGAGGCGAGCAGUUCAACAACAACUGGUCCAGAAAUAAGACCUGGUGUUCCUCAACCAGUGUGUCCAGAUAGACCUGUUCAUCUCAUGUGUUUCUGUUGUCAAAAACCAAUGCCAAAACAAGAGAACCUACCCCCUCUACCAGGAGGCAUUCCUUACGCUAAAAGUCAAAAAUGUAAGUACGGUUUCUUGUUUCUUGGGCCCUUCGGUCACACAAUCAUUAGAGCAAGGGCUUCUCAGCUUUAAGAUCGUGUGCUCGAUUCUUUCUGCAGACUCAUGACACUGCAUGUCAGAUGUGAAAAGAGUACUUUUGUACGGGUACUGUGGUUUCCUCUCACUGGGAGUGUUGACAGAGUGGGUUGGGGAUUAGCUUCUACCUUACCCUUCCGCCGUAGCUGUGCUUCGUGAUCAGACUUGAUUACUGGUUCACACUAGUCGUAAGAAUCGGGGAUUUCCAUAGUCUGUGGUCAUUGGUGUGUAAAAUGCUUUGUCUGUCGGAAAAGAAUACAAUAGAUUGCCGAAGAAUCCUGCCUGAGGCACCCUUUGAAAACCUUCACAAUUCAGCUUAGCUCUCCAUAGCGAGUAAGGAUGAUUAACAUACAUGUAUCCCUACUUAUUUACUUACCCUUUUAUAUUGCCUUAUAAAUCAGGGGCGGAUCUAGCCUCAUCUGUAAAGAGGGGUGCAGGUUUUCCAUGGAUUGAUGCAUGAGGUAGCCUUACUACUCCAUUCUCCUCUGUAUAGUCUUGCAACGCUACUAUCCCAACAUUACCAUUAUCUGAGAUAGCCAAAUUUGCAUGUUCGCUUUCCGUUACGGUUUUGCAUUGUCUUUUGUUUGUGAAGUUUAUAUCGACCUUUUGUCACGUAUGCGUGCAGACUGAACAAAAUCCGCAGCUUGUACCAAACAUUUGUCUUAAAAUUUUUUGAUGGUAUUUUUUGUAACAUGCCGGAAAAAGGCUGAACACUUGUCAACUCCAAAAGUUUUGGUGUUUUAGCUUUCAACUCUUAUUUUUUUAGUCACCAUGAAAGUACAGUAUGUAGUGUAUUAUUAUGUAUUUUGGAUUUAGGUGGAAUUUGCAGCAGAUUCUUCUGUCACUUACUGUGGAAAUGUGAUAAACCUAGCUGCCUAGGAUGCCUCAAUGAAUUUAAAGGUAACUCUUUUUAAACACGGUCAAAUUACUUGUAGAUAUGGACCCAUUGCACUGACGUCACAAAUCCUUAGAGUGUCCUCCAGAUGCUCCCUAACAAUAUCUGUUCGGGUGCAACAACCACAUACAGCGCGAAAAUUUACCAUUUUAAUACAAAAUUAUUGUAAAGUUUUUAAAAAUUUGCUUUGUUUACAACAAUUAUAUUAUGCAUAGAUUGCUAAUUUGUCCUCCAGAUGCAUCGUCGCCGGCGCUGUGACGUCAUGUGCAAUGGGUCUAUAGGUGGCAAUUGCAUAGCGUAAAUCUAAUGAUUGUGAUGUCAGAACUUGGGUGAAUAUAUGGGGUGUUUAUAGGGAGGCGAGCCAGCCCAUGCAGGUACCCGAACUAGCUCGUUUUGGCUAGCUGGUUUCAUACAGUGUGUACAUGAGACUUUUGAGGCGGGCUGGGUCACCAAAACAAACCGGUACCACUGCUCUCACCGCUAUAAAUAGUAUAAUAUAAAUCUAUUUUCUCGCGAGCAACUUUCUCGUCCAUAACCCACAGGAUCGUUCACAGAGCUCACUGACACAGGCCCCUUUUUCCCUCAUGCGUUUCGUGUUUUUCAGGUGCAGGCGGUUCUUGUAAUGUGGGUUUUUACUGUCUGAGAAACUUCUCUUUAUAAUUCAACGAUUUAUUGCUUGACACGCUUUUAGACAUCAAAUUAUACAACAACUGUCUCGAUGGAAUAAUACUGAAUAACAAAUAUGAAUCACAGAUUUUGAAGGUAAGGGAUGAGAUGGAGUACUGUUGUUGCUCCUUGUUACUAAAUUUCCUACAGAUUUGAAAUAUUGGCUAUUAAAUUAUUGACAUACAUUCGAACUUCCAUAUAGGAAGCCUGAAGCGUACGUUUUAGAGAGGUGUUCGUAUUAGAGAGGUGUCCUUAUUACAGAGUUGUCCACAUUAAAGAGAUGUCUGUAUUAGAGAGCUUCCCGUAUUUAGGAGGUACUGUAGGCAACAGACACUUCUCUAUUGACAACAGACACUUCUCUAUUGACAACAGACACUUCUCUAUUGACAACAGACACUUCUCUAUUGACAACAGACACUUCUCUAUUGACAACAGACACUUCUCUAUUGACAAUAUUAGAGAGUAAAUGUCCAUAUUAGAGAAGUGUCCGUAUUGAAAAAGUGCCGAUAUUAGAGAGAUGUUCGUAUUAGAGAUGUGUUCUUAUCGGAGCGGUGUCCGUAUUAGUGAGGUGUCCGUAUUAGAGAGGUGUGCGUAUUAGAGAAAUGCACUUGUUAGAGAGGUGUCUGUAUUAGAAAGGUACACUGUAUCUGUAUUAGAGAGAUGUCCGUAUUCGAGAGAUGCUGUCCACGACGGAGGUAGAGAGAUUUGAAUUUCUAAGAAUUAAAUUUAUUUUUUAGUAUCCCACACUUCCGACCAUUGUUAUUAAUUAAUAUGUUAAACUACUUUUCAAUAUAAGAAUUAUCUCAACGACAAAGAUUGGAGCAUCCAAGAUCUUCUUUCAAAAUGCUUGGAGAAGUUAGACUCAAAGUCGUACACCACGACAGGUAAUAUUUUUGAAAACACAAAAAAAUCGUGUUCCAUAAUCUUUUCAUUGUUUUGAAAAUCCCACCGUUCUUCAUGCCAUUUGAAUAACCUUAAACAAUUUUGAUACUGUUGGUCCCCCUAUUAAGCGGACAUUUUCGGAAAUACGGAUUUGCAGCAGCAAAUACAGCAGGACCCAGGAUGUACAGCCAACCUAUUUAGGAACAGUAGUGAUCAACGGUAAACGUGUCAUUGGAGGGGCUGCUUAUAGUGUGGAACUUCCUUGCGAGUAUAAGUUUCGAGGAGACUGGAUUUUUUUGCAUUUGCUUGAAAGACAAAUUAAAGGAAGGAAAGUUUGUUUUACGAGAUUAGUUCAAGUUAAAAUACCGCACAACAUUGAUAACAAAUACAUGUCCUGGUGAGCUGUCUUUAAAUUGAUUUUUACUAUUCAUUGUUAUGAACAUUUAAUUUAGCAAUUCAUCAGUUAUGUCCGCUUAAGGCUUUUCGGCUCAUCGGGACUCCAAGUUAAGUGUCCGCUUCCGUUUAAUAGAAGUAUCCGCUGAAUAGUGGUAAAUGAUAAUAGUGUUUUGUUAAAUCAACCAUUGGGACCCGGAGGUCUCUCCUUUUUUAUUUGGAACGGUCUAAAUGUUGUGAAAAUUGCACUCUCUCACGCGAGAAAAAGAAAGCUCUGAUUUAUCAGCGAGAUUUUACGCUAUGCCCAUAUAAAAAGUAGGACAAAUAAAGAGGGGUGUACGCUGUAGUUCCGCUUUCGAUCUGAUCAGGGUGUCGCCAUUUUUAUUUUCAUCUCAUCCGAUUCGCACUGAUUUCAGAUCUUUACGUUUUAGAUCUUGUAUUGUAUCCAGAAUUGAACUCAAAUUUUAUCCUUUGUAAUGGUUGUGCGCUCAAGAAUCUGAAGGAGCUAGCAUUUCAAUUUCGAAGAGACAUACCCAGAGCAGAACUUCCAGGUUCGUCAUUUUAAACAAAAAUCAGUCUCUAAUAUACACACGUAAAAAUCUCAUCUUGACAAUUUGUUGCUUCCUGACAAGGUUGUUGUAGGGGCGUAGCGAGCCCCAAAGUUAAGGAGUGUGUGGGGGUGUCUAAUCAUCCGGUAGUCCGGGGGUAUGGGCUAUUUUUAGGGUCUGCGAAACUCUAUUCCGUGUAUUUUAGGCACGUUUUAUUAUACUCUGAAAGACACAGAUUGUGGGUGUUUUAUGUCAUGAAACAUUAAGAGGUUACGCCCCCCCCCCAGGUUCUCCUCAUGUUUGAAAGAAUUACAAAAUUAGUCCUGAAGAUAGGUGGGGGUCUGGACCACUAUCCUCCCCGUGGCUACGCCUCUGGUCGCCAUCAAGCCUGUUUCAACUUGUUGUGUGCAGACCCGUGGCAAACUUGUUGACAAAUGACAACGAGCUCAUAUUUACUAGAACAACGAAUUGUUGACAAGUUGAUGUGGUUUUCAUGUUGCUACCAGACUUGUCACAGGAUCGUAGGUUCGUUUCUGCCAGGGGACCUAUAGUGCUGCAUUUUUUGCAAGCGUGCUUGGUUAGUUAUAAAAAGUGCAUAUACCGGGUGUCCCCCAAAAAACUAUACCCUGUUUGAUUUCAUGUAACGUAAAAUAUAUGAAAGCUAAUUCACUGUAAUAAAAAACAUUGUAUUCACAAAGGAUUAACUUAGAUUUUGAUAUAUAACAUUUAAUUUUCCAUGCGAUAUGGACGAAAAUACAAGUAUUUGAAGUUGCGAGGAGUUUUAGAAAUUGGCGAAAAAACGACUAAAAUCGCCAUAUCAAACUAACAUCGAAUCUUUUUAACUUCAGUAUUCUAUCUUUAUAAUUUUAGGUUAUUCCCUUGGAAAUUUACUUUUAAAAAUUAAACUUAAAGAUGGAUUCUUAAGAAUUAAACAAAGUCUGUAAUAAUUCAUGUUAAAAGAAAGUUCCAUUUGAUGUCCCUUGCAUGGGCUUGGGAUUCAAAUUCGCAAUGAAACAAACAUUGUCGUUAUAUUUUUUGGAUCAACAAAUGAUUCAAACGCUUUUGAUGACAUGCUUUGUAGAGCACAAUGGUGCAUUCAGGCUCAAAAACACACUUUUCAUGAUGAAUAAACUCAUAUUAGCUAAUCCUUUUGUACAUAAAUGCAUUCUUUUAGUUAGAUUCUAAUAAUUCUAAUAAAAAUAAUCAACAAGUAAACUAAAUUGGAAUUUGAUAUUCUGUUUUAUGCUAAUUUUUGACAUUUUCAGAAAUGGUAGUUCAGCUUUGAAACGUCAAUAGCUCUGUCAAUAUCGCGUGGAAAAUUAAAUGUUAUAUAUCAAAAUCUAAGUUAAUCCUUUGUGAAUACAAUGCUUUUAUUUUAGUGAAAUAGCUUUCAUAUAUUUUACGUUACAUGAAAGCAAACAGGGUAUAGUUUUUUUGGGGACACCCGGUAUAUAUAUCGUCACUGGGCUUAUCCAUCUACUUCAAUAUUCUGUUUCAACCAAGUGACGUGCAGAAAAAAUAUUACAAAAUGUUGUGAGUGGCAACAUUAUACCAACUCGAUGAUCAUGAAAUGACUACAUUGUUACCAAUUUACCAUUUUUCACAAGCUGGCUAGGUUCUUCAUCCGGAAGUAAUUCAUCCGGAAGUAUUUAAGAUAUCAGUAAUAUAUCUUUGUAGUUUGUAAUGUAUGUUUAUUUUUAGCUGCAGUUACGUCUCGAGCAGAUUGCCAUUGGGGAAAAAACUGUCGAACACAAACGAACCCGACGAAUCCUCAUCAUGCAAGGUUAGAUAAUCAAAGAUAAUCACUAAAUCAGUCAUUUAAAAACGUAGUUCUUGACAGCCGUAUUAAAGCUGCUUACUGAAGCGCUCUCCAGAAUUUGAGGUGUCAGGUUGUUCCAAUCUGUUAUAGUCCUUGGCCAGUAGGUGAAUUUGUAUGCAUCGCAAGAUGUUUGAAUGGGGAUGAAUUUCAUUGGAGGGGAGAAUCUGGACUUGAUAUAUGUUUGGUGUUGGAUGUAUUGCGGAAUAUCCAACACUGCAUGACUAUGAAGUGUGUUAUACAUAUUCAUAUAAGUCUGGCGACUUUUCCCCUCACCUCCAAUGUUGGGCACCCCAAAUGUUCCAGGACGCGAAUGGCGGACUAUGAUUGGCUGAAAAGUACUUAACGCAUAAUUUUUUAAAAAAACAGCAAAACUAAUUGAAAAUUUGAAAAUUAUAGUUUAUUUUUUUUAUUAAUAAGAUAAUUGCGAAUGGUUUUAGUGGUAAAGAUUAAGGAAUAGUAUUUUUUGUUUUCUUCGAACAAAUGUGUACCACGCUACUAAUAUGCAUUUCAAAUCAUGCAUUUCUGUUUGUUUCAAGUCUAAAUGCCAUAUAAUAAACUUUUUAUUAAUCUCGCUUGCUCGGUGUGUACAGAGAAAUAUCGGACCUCGGUCUUUUUGUACAGACCUCGCGUUCGGUUAAUAAGAAGUUAGUAACCGAGUAAACAGACCGAGCAGCGCGUCGUUGUACUUAUACCAACCAAUCUUUCUGGUAGGCCCUAUACGCGGAUCCCACACAAUGCUGGAAUAUUCCAGUAUUGGUUUUACCAGCGAUUUUAUACCCGCUGUGCUUUAGGCCUGGUUUCCAUAUGAUCGUAAUGGUCGUAAAAAUAGAGUUACGAUCUUUCUCAACGGCCAGUUUAUAAUAGUUUAUACCUUAUACAGGACCUCCCUGAAAAACACUUCGGUGAGUGGAGCUUCCUGAAUAAAUAUUAUUAUUAUUAUUAUUAUUAAACCACAUAUAAAUCAUAAGUAUUCUCUAUAUAGUUAUAAUCACUUGCGUAUUUUCAGUUCUAAAAUGUUGUAUUUCGGCUGAUGAGAAAGAUCGUGACUCAAUCUUUACGACCAUAUGGAAACCAGGCUUUAAUCCUCUCUGGGCACUUAUUGAGAUUACGUUUAAUAAAGCCUAGAGUCUUAUUAAUUAUGGUCUUUACGUUCAGCUAAGGGUCUCUGGUAGAGUUGGUGAUCGACGGUUUUUUAGGCCUGUCCUGCAUGCAUAGAGUAUAUGGAUACAUGAUGGAGUUGCUGGUCCGACAUUUGAUUGUCGCUACGGACUGACGUGAAAAGAGUCAGUCAACACUCUGCCGAAAGUCGUGGGUUUUCUCCGGGCGCUUCGGUUUCCUCCGACAGGGAAAGUUGUAGGGCUGCACCGGAUAGUGAUUUUUACUAUGCGGCCGGGUGGUACCGGAUUUGCCGGAUAUCUGGAAAAAAAUCCGGCCGCGGAUAGUUUAUUCAAUUUGAGAGCUGGAAUGGUGCUAGAAAGGAUCAAAUUCAUUCUUUUUGUCCGCUUCAUAUAUUGACCAUAUGUUAAUUCUGAAAAACACAUAUAAAGUUUAGAUGCACAAACGAAUAAAUAUUCAAAACCAGAAAACCUUAUAUAGACUUGGUUUAUAUCAAUUUCUACAUAGACAUAGUUAAAAAUACAACUGGCAAAUAAUAGAAAACUGCAACUGUAUUUCAUCGAAUGGAGAAGGCAUAUAUGGACGACUGGGAUUUUUAAACUUUUUUAAAAGUGAAAUUUUUCUUUGUCUUGUGAUGAGAAAAGACAACGAGAAAUUCCGCUCCGCGCCGAAAAUUCCGCCUAGUGGAAAACAACGGCCUUCUCACUUUGAAGGAUGGAAAUCCGGUUGCCAGUAAAUCGCCCAACUAACCAGGCUAUCCCGAUCUUGUUGUAGUGUAAUACUACUGACAUGAUCGGAUUACUCGAAAUAUCAUUACCCAUAUGGUCAUAUCGUUAAAUUCUUAACGUAUAGUAACGUAAUGUAUAGCAGACAUCACAAUAUAUUAAAGGCGUAGUUCCGACUUAAUGAUAUCAUUUUAUUUUUUAGCCGCUAUAACCACGUAUGCGAACAGAUAAGAUUCAGAUGAACGCUGAAAUACCGUAUACAUAUACACAACUCUCGAAGACGAAUACUGUAGAUAGAUGUUUAUAUUUGGUUCAUAUUUGGAUAAAGACAAGAAGUGUGCUAGUUUCGUCUUACCACGCUUUGAAGACUAUCGAUAUUUUGUACGAUGUAUUUUAUAUGAUAUAUGAAAGUCUCUUAAGCCGGUUCUCCAUGGCCACGUGCGAAUUUUUUCUCGCGAAGCGUGUUCUUUCGCCGUUGCGCAUGCGUGUUUUGUCAAUUACGUAAGUGUUAUAUGGUGCGAAAAUUCGCCAGCCGUUCGCUGCGGCGAGAAUGGGAUUUCGAAUGGUUUCUACUUUUUCGCGGCGAAUAGACCUUAUCCAUAAUGACGUCACAAGGCUUGAUGCCCGCAAGGAAUACUGGUCUUGGUAGUCAUCGCCCGGGAAAAUUUCGAUAGUGGCCAUUUUGAAUUAUUUAAUUUUCCCGGGCGAUGACUACUAAGACCAGCAUUCUCGCGGGCAUCAAGCCUUGUGACGUCAUUAUGCAUAAGGUCUAUUAUAUCUCUAGCCAAUCAGAUUUCAGAAUUUUUAUCUCGUCUGUCAUCAUCUUUCAAAAUGGCGGGAUACUCAGCAGGGAGUGUGUGAAAAUGGGGGAUGUUUGCGGCGUUUUAAACGUUGAUAUUGCUCCCGAAACAUGUACAAAUGAGGCUUCAAAUCCUCAACAGUCGUUUAAUUUUGAUAUGGAAGUCUUCCUAGAAGAAGUAAGAAAAUAUAGAUGAAUCUCUCCUUUUUUUGCCUUUCUGCAAUACGGCGAAUCCAAAAUCGUUUCUUGUACUUUAAACGUCGUUUUUGGCGUCGUUGAUAAUCUUAAUAGGUUAUUAUAGCUACGAUUCCAUGCCAUUUUGUUUUGAAUUUGAUAUUUGGCGCGAUUCUCCUAUUCCUCUAUUUUUUUCGUGGAAAUCAAACCACCUUUCGCGCGACAAUUUUCGCACGAAGAAACACGCUUGUCGAGAAAAAAAUUCGCACGUGGAAAACCGGCUAUAGGCUCGGUGGCGUAUUCAGCCCGACGAUUUGGUCCCGCUAUGCAAAUUUCAACCAUUAUCAAUCAUUACUCACUUCUUUACAAAUUGAUUGUGUUGAUAUCAAUGAUCUGGAAUCGCAGGGCCGUAGGUUCAAUUCCUACCAGAGGACCUUGUGCUGCAUUUUUCGCAGUCGUUCCUGGUCAGGUCUUAAAAUGUAUAUAUACUCACUUGGAUUACAAACCCUAACAACGGCAUUCUAAUUGUGUUGAUAGUCUAUAAACAUGGCAAUAUGUGCAUAGCGGGACUGAAUUGUUGGGCUGGCUAGGCCACUAGACUUAGUUGAAGGAGGAAAGAGUUCGAUAAAUUUUUUGCUUUUGGACAACAGUGUCUAUAUUUCUCUUUCAACACCAUCUUAUUGUUACUAAAAAUCUAAAACCUGAGUUAAAACAUUAAAGGCCUACUAUUUUCAAAUAAAAAUUGGCGAUCUAAAUAAAUUUCGCUGUUGUCAAAGCCUCGUCAGUAAUCCGUCUUAUUGUUAUGAUGAUGUCGUCAAAACAUGGCGAAUUACUGACAACAAGGCUGAAAUUUAUUUAGAUCGCCAAUUUUUAUUUGAAAAUUGUAGGAUUUUAAUGUUUUAACUCAGGCUUUAGAUUUUUAGUAACAAUAAGACUACGUUGAAAGAGAAAUAUAGACAUAUUGAUCUCGUCCAAAAACGCAGAUGUAUUUUAUAUCACAGUCACAGAAUAGAUCUCUAUUCGAUUCUGUUUUACAUAUUCUAUAUAAUAGGACGUACUUUAGCCGGACUUACUUACUUCAAGCAUGUUUAAUGGCCGAGUCGUUUAUGCGGGAGAGAGGGGGACUUAGGGAUCGGUCAUUAUUUGCGGUGGGGGUGAUACUGAAAAGAAAUGUUUCUCUUGGAAAAUAAUUGCUGAUCCAACCAUUUUUUACCCAACCUCAAAUAUCUGCAAGACGCUUUAUGCAAGCGUUAAGCCGCUGGGGC